AUGGUACCUGAUAAAAUUGCAGGUUCCAUGGUAUUGGUGUAUCAAAAAGAGAAUAUGCAUACAGGCAGGCAUACAUGGUACCUGAAUGAAAUUACAGAUUUCAUAGUAUUGAUAUCAAAAAGAGAAUAUACAUAUAGACAUACAUUGUACCUGAAUGAAAUUAUCAGGAUCGUGAGAAUUUUUUUACUUUUGUACAGAAAAUUGGCAUUUAUUCAUGCAGUUUGGGAUAGCACAAAACCAAAGUUGACAAAUAGAAG